UUUUGCUCUCUUUAUCCUUUCUUUCCCUACAACAAACAAACAUAUCUGAUCUAUCUAGGGUUUCCCAGUCACAUUCUUCUCUUAUUUUUGGCAAAAAUACCUCCAUCAUUUCCAUAUGUCUGUCCCCUUAUGAACCUUUACUCCAUGUAAAUCUUACACAAAUAUAGAAACCCAAACCCUCAAUUUCUGACAACACACCCCCCAUUUCAUUUAUGUAUAUAGAUAGAUGGUGAGGGAAAAGAUUCAGAUCAAGAAGAUCGAUAAUGCUACUUCCAGACAGGUCACCUUCUCGAAAAGGAGAAGGGGUCUCUUGAAGAAGGCAGAGGAACUUUCGAUUCUAUGCGAUGCAGAUGUUGCUCUCAUAAUCUUCUCUUCAACCGGAAAACUCUUUGAGUAUUCCAAUUCCAGUAUGAAGGAAAUACUUGAAAGGCAUAAGUUACAUGCAAAAAAUCUAAAAAACUUGGAACAACCAUGUCUUGAUCUUCAGCUUGCAGAGGAUGAUAAGUAUACCGCGUUAAGCAAGGAAAUUGCAGAACAAAGUCAGCAGUUGAGGCAGAUGAGAGGGGAAGAGCUCCAAGGUUUAACUAUUGAAGAACUACAACAGCUAGAGAAAUCUCUUGAAGCCGGAUUAACUAAUGUGAUUGACAAAAAGGGUGAGAAGAUUAUGAAGGAGAUAAACAAACUUCAAAAAAAGGGAAUGCAACUUAUGGAAGAAAAUGAGCGGUUAAGACAACAAGUGAUUGAGAAAACAAACGGCGGCAGUGGUCGUUGGGGGGUAAUAAGAAGUACUGAUUCAGAAAACAUGGUUUGCGAGGAAGGAUUGUCGUCGGAAUCAGUAACCAAUAAUAAUAUUUGGAACUUAACUGGUGGAGGAGGACCUCCUCCUCCUCAAGACUAUGAGAGCUCAGACACUUCUCUGAAGCUGGGAUUACCAUGAAUAAAAAAGAUGGAGAAAGUAAGAUGUUUACUUUAAUGGAAUGGAAUGGAAUGGAAGUACAAGAAACUAAUAGUUGAAUGUAUGUAAACUAUGAAUGUAUGUAAAGUGUUGUUGUAGCUAGCUUGCUAAUUAUUAAGUAACUUUGUUUGUCUUUUGAAUCUAAAACAGCUUUUCAAGU